AUGCACCUCAUCCUCACCGGCGCGACCGGCCUAGUCGGCUCAUCAGUGCUCGACGCCAUGGCCAAGAUGAAGGACAUUACCAAGAUUUCCAUCCUCAGUAGAAGACCAAUUCCCAUGGUAGAGGACUUGCACGAUUCUCGUAUCAACGUCAUCAUCCACAAGGACUUUGAAAAGUACGAGCCUGAACUGCUCGAGAAACUCAAGGGCGCAAACGGUGUGGUCUGGGCCCUCGGCAUCAGCCAGAACAAGGUUACCAAGGAGGAAUAUGUAAAAAUCACCAAAGAUUACACGUUGGCAGCAGCCAAAGCUUUCGCAACGUUGCCGCCAGACAACGAGCCUUUCCGUUUCGUUUUCGUCUCCGGCGAAGGAGCCACUCAAACCCCAGGUCGCUUCAGCGCCAUAUUCGCCCGCGUCAAGGGCGAGACGGAAACCCUCCUUUCAGAAUUGCGCGGAUCAAACCCACGGCUGCAAACUGAGUCCAUCCGCCCGGCCUUCGUCGACUGCGUUAACCAUCCCGCUAUUAAACCGUACAUCCCUAAUCCAGGCAUGCUGUACAAUGCUGCAAAUGUGACUAUGGGCCCGGUGGUGAGGAAGUUGGUGCCGUCGUUCGUGAGUCCGACGGAGGUCUUGGGCAAGUUCAUGACCGAGAUGGCCAUGGGAAAACAUGAUUCUGGGCUUGCAAGCGGAGGGCAGGGCAUCAUUACGUUGACCGGGGGAUUGAGGAUUGUUGAGAAUGUUGGCUUCAGAAGGUUGGCGGGCUUAUCACCGGCUGGUGGAUCUGGAGUGGACGAGAAGACGGCGACAUCAUGA